ACUCUAGGUCGGGCUAGAGGGUCGUGUCACCGAAAUUCUUUUUCGGUUUGUGUUGCUGUGACCAGAAGGCUUCUCCAAACAUGGCUUUUGUAUUCCCUUGAAGAUUAUCUGGUCCAGAAGUGCACACAAAGAAGACACCGACCACAGGAAAUAGCAAGGCAAUCCGAACCCAGACGCAUCCGGGGAUUGACAACGUGCUCACUGCUCCCGAUUUCGAUGCCAGAGGCUGGAAAAAAUGGGACGAUCGUCUUGAAAGGCCUGUCGGGCUACAUGGUGCAGCUCCUUUCUCAAGGCCUCGGAUUCAAGUCCACAAUCCACGUGCCAUCGGACGGCAACUGGGGUGGCCGGAGGCCGGACGGGUCCUGGGGUGGCCAGGUGGGCCUCGUAGUUCGAAACGUGUGCAACGUGGCCGCCGGACCUAUGGCCAUGAACGCGGACCGGGUGGGCGCCAUGCAGCCUCUGCCGGCCUUCUACUACGCGGACGGCGUCCACAUGGCCGGCAGACGGCAGAUGUACAGCACCGACGUCUUCGGCUACAUCUACGCCUUCGACGAACAGGCACAGAAGUUCGUUUUAGCAAAAAAACGGAACUUUAUUGAUUAA